AUGGCGCCAUCCUUGCCGCUUCCGAAGAACUACUUUACAUGUCCGCCGCUAAAUGUCAUGGAGACAGAGUAUCUCAUGGACACUGCUCGGUCCAACUCGAUCGACGUGAUCGCUCGCACCACCGUCGCCGACAACGACAAGAGUGGCUUGAUCAAGUGGACCCUGGACUGCCAUGACGGCGAGCAAACCAUCUACCGGGGCGACGACUGGGACGCUCCCCAAGGGGUGCAGUCGUUCCUUGGUGUCUUCGAGCUCAAAGCAACUCUGGACGAAGUCGCGGGUCUGUACGCAUGUCACACGGACGACACAAUGGCCGAGUUCCGUCGAAGCGUGGCCAAGAACGUGCUCGACAUGCAACAGCUGUACGUGUUGUCGGCUCCGUCCGAUGAUAAUCCGAGGCACUUUGUCGGCAUCAAGUGGGCCGCGGUGGCCAGUCCUGGCAUGGUGCGGCAUCGCGACUGGGUUCUUCUGGAAAGCCACCACGAUUUCGAAUGGGAAGGCCGACGGGGGUGGGCUCGAACGACCAAGUCCAUCGACUUGCCGUGCAUACCAUCUUCAUCGACCGACGACUGGAAUCUCGUCCGGGGGUUCCAGCUUCGCUCGGGGUUUGUCUUCCUCGAGGCCCCACACAAGCCAGGCACCCUCCACGCGAUGCAGCUGCACCAGUUUGACCUUUUGGGCAAAUUGCCGUCGUGGAUUGUCGCGCUGGGCAUAAAAAAACGGUGCCGGGCCUUCCUGAACCUGGCCAAAUACGUCCGAGAGCUUCGGCUCGGGAAGACCGUAGCGGCGUUCGUCCCCGCGCAUGAGUGGGCUGUCAAGGACCUGCGGUCGCACUGCCGCGGCUGCCGCAAGCGUUUCCUGCCUCUGGUGCAUGUGAAAUCCCACUGCCGAGCCUGUGGUGAGGUGUUUUGCCAACACUGUUCCAAACACUGGUCCGUCAACUUGGCGCUGUCUUAUGCGGGUACCUGUGAAGAAACAACCACUGGUAGCGGUGGAGUGGCGUCCUGCCACCGAACCUCCAAUCAGCACUCCCAUCCCCCCCACAGUCAUCAGUCGGCCCGAGGACUCGUUCGCUUGUGCAUGACAUGUUCCAUCACCCCAAACACGUUGUUGUCGGACAUCGAGGUUGCCACGCGCACUUCCCCAACCUCGACGCUGGUUGUGCCAACGGCCCAGAUGGGAUUAUCUAAGCGUGAACAAGGUCAUAACAGGACUAUGAAGGAAUACAUGUCCGGCGACGCCCCCCGCCACACGCAAAGCAUGCAUCGAGGCUCGUCCAACCAGUAUGGUUUUCACCGAUCCCCAUCCACCACCACAUCGUCGUACCACUCGUCGUCCGAAGCGUUCUUUGGUCAUCCCAAUGGGUUGGUGGACACGAAUCAACAACGCCCCAGGAACGACCUGAUCCCCCUUGCUGACCCGAACGACGAGUAGACAACACUCACCAGUUCAAAGACACCAACUGCUGCAGCGUACGCGACACAUGUUCUCUAUCUUGUGCGAGGGCGAUGGCGAAGAUGGACGCACUGUCGUGUUAUGAGCUGCUCGCGAACCCCAACGACGCUUAGGAUGCUGCCUUAAAUAACGACAUCGAGUGACCACAAGCUGUACGAUAGUUGGUUAGUGUGAAAGCAGC